GCAGCUAAGGGACGACGGUGGGGGUUUCUGAGGCAGCUGACCGGCAUCUAAGGGAGCUGCGAUGGCGUCUCCCCACGCAACCAUGAAGUUGAAGGAGACAAAAUCAAGACCAAAGUCAUCAAGCAAAUUUCAGACAAAGGGUAUCAAAGUUGUGGGAAAAUGGAAGCAGGUGAAGAUUGACCCAAAUAUAUUUGCAGAUGGACAGAUGGAUGAUUUGGUGUGCUUUGAGGAACUGACAGAUUACCAGUUGGUCUCCCCUGGCAAGAAUCUCUCCAAUCUCUUCUCAAAGGAGGAACACAAGAAGAGAAAGGUACAAGUUGUUUCAGAAGGAGAGGAGGAAGGAGACUCUAGCUCUCCAAAGAAAAAGAUCAAAUUGAAGAAACAGAAAGAUGUGGUACUGGUUACUGAAGGAACCACCACCCAGAAAGACUUUGAAGUCAAAGAUUCUGAGCCAGAGCACCAAGGAGAUGACACCAUUUGUUCCGAUACAAAGGUAGGGGAGAUGGCAUCAGAAAGCACAGUAAAGACUGUCCCCCAAAAGAAGAAAAACAAAGGGAAAAAAAAAUCAGAGCCUUCCCAGAUGACUGCCCUGAAGGUACCCAAAAAAGCAAAAACAUGGAUGCCUGAAGUGCAAGACCAGAAAGCUGAUGUGUCAGCUUGGAAGGACCUGUUUGUGCCUAAGCCAGUACUCCGAGCACUCAGCUUUCUAGGCUUCUCUGCACCCACACCAAUCCAAGCUCUGACCUUGGCACCUGCCAUUCGUGACAAACUGGACAUCCUUGGGGCUGCUGAGACAGGAAGUGGGAAAACUCUUGCCUUUGCCAUCCCAAUGAUUCAUGCAGUGUUGCAGUGGCAGAAGAGGAAGGCUUCACCAAUCCCAGAUAACACUAGAGUGCUACCAGAGGUGAUCAGGACUGAGGCUGGAGCCAAGCCUGGAUCACCAAGCAAUGUGAGCACUGAGUCUGGAAUGUUGCCUGAUGAAACUGAAAUUCAGAGUGAAUUGCCCACUGAGGCUGGAGAUAAGGCCAGAGCCAAGACAGGUGCCUCCAUCUCAGACCAGACUCUGCUCUUCUGUGAUGAUGAUGAUGAAGAUGCUGGUGAAGGGCCUUCUUCCCUGAUCAAGGAGGAGUCUGUCCCCAAAAAUGAGGAUGAAGAGGAAAACCUUGGUGAGGAGCACACUGAAAAGAUUAUACAGGACUUGGAUGACAAAAUUGCUACUUGUAAAGUACAUCCAAAAUGUCCUCUGCUUGGGCUGGUUCUGACUCCCACUCGAGAGCUGGCUGUCCAGGUCAAACAACAUAUUGAUGCUGUGGCCAAGUUUACAGGAAUUAAAACAGCUAUUUUGGUUGGUGGAAUGUCCACACAGAAACAACAGAGGAUGCUGAACCGCCAUCCUGAGAUUGUGGUUGCCACUCCAGGCCGGCUAUGGGAGCUAGUUAAAAACAAGCAUGCUCAUUUGAGCAACCUUCGGCAGCUCAGGUGCCUGGUAGUGGAUGAAGCUGACCGCAUGGUUGAGAAAGGCCAUUUCGCUGAACUCUCCCAGCUGCUAGAGAUGCUCAAUGACUCCCAGUACAACCCAAAGAGACAGACACUUGUUUUUUCUGCCACACUAACCCUGGUACAUCAAGCUCCAGCUCGAAUCCUUCAUAAGAAGCACAUAAAGAAAAUGGACAAAACUGCCAAACUUGAACUUCUCAUGCAGAAGAUUGGCAUGAAAUGUAAGCCGAAAGUCAUUGACCUCACAAGGAAUGAGGGUACAGUGGAGACGCUGACAGAGACCAAGAUCCAUUGUGAGUCAGAUGAGAAAGACUUCUACCUGUACUAUUUCCUGAUGCAGUAUCCAGGCCGCAGCUUAGUGUUUGCCAACAGCAUCUCCUGCAUCAAACGCCUCUCUGGGCUCCUCAAAGUCCUGGAUAUCAUGCCGCUGACCCUGCAUGCCUGCAUGCACCAGAAGCAGAGGCUCAGAAACCUGGAGCAGUUUGCCCGCCUGGAAGACUGUGUUCUCUUGGCAACAGAUGUUGCAGCGCGGGGUCUUGAUAUUCCUAAAGUCCAACAUGUCAUUCAUUACCAGGUUCCUCGCACCUCAGAGAUUUAUAUUCACCGAAGUGGUCGAACUGCUCGUGCCACCAGCCAAGGCCUCAGUCUAAUGCUGAUCGGUCCUGAGGAUGUGGUCCACUUUAAGAAGAUUUACAAAACCCUCAAGAAAGAUGAGGACAUCCCACUGUUCCCUGUGCAGACAAAGUACAUGGACGUAGUGAAGGUAAAAGGAAAGAGCGAAUCCUGUUUAGCUCGGCAGAUUGAGAAAGCUGAGUAUCGGAAUUUCCAAGCUUGUCUUCACAACUCUUGGAUUGAGCAGGCAGCAGCUGCCCUUGAGAUUGAGCUGGAAGAAGAGAUGUACAAAGGAGGAAAAGCUGACCAGCAAGAAGAGCGCCGGCGACAAAAGCAGAUGAAGGUUCUGAAGAAGGAGCUGCGCCACCUGCUCUCCCAGCCAUUGUUCAAAGAGAACCUGAAGACCAAAUAUCCCACUCAGUCUGGCAGACUACCCCUGCCUGUGGCAGUCUCAAGGAAUGGCGAAUCUGCGUUGUGUUGCCUCUCCAAACAGAAAAAGAAGCAGCAGCAGAAGCCAAGAGUGCAACAGCAGGAACCACCACAGCCAAGUACAAGUGCAAGUUAACUGCCCCUGCUUAUAGUAUGUUGGUACCUGCUCAGUGUUGUCUGUUCUCUGGUUAUAUGUGGAAACCUCCUUCCUAUCCUUGAGUUACCCUGUACCAUCCACACCCAUUAGGAAAAUCUCCUGUUCUUCCACCCCAUAGCAGGAGAAACCUCAUGCAGAUGUGUUGUUUUAGAGUAAGAAUUCUGUCCAGUAUUCCAGUAUGUAUUCCAGUGUUUACAGGCAUCUUGUGUGUUCAACUUGAUUUACUGAAUUAAAAACAGUG